AUGCUCUACUCUGACCCGCCGCCUCUGCGGCCCUUUAGCGAGGCCAAACCGACCUUGCUGGUAUCAUGGUGGAUUACGCUGUUUUGUACAUGCAUCAUUCUGUUGAGACUGGCGGGACGGUAUAUCCGCGUCGAGAAGCUGUUUCGCGAAGACAAAAUUGUCGCACUUGCCCUUGUGCCGCUCUUCCUGCGCAUCGCCUGCGCCCACGUCGUGCUGCUAUGGGGCGCCAACAACGUCGACCUCGAUGGCGUCACCCUCUCAGACGCACAACUCUCGCAUCGAGUCACAGGCAGCCGUGUCGUCCUUGCCGGCAGAGUAUUUUAUGCCGCCACAUUAUGGACGCUCAAGCUCACGACACUCGAGUUUCUGACUCGGCUGGCAGGCGCAUCCAUGAAGAAGAUUUACCUACGGCUCACCAUGUUUCUACGAUAUGCCCUUGGCGUGUCUUUCAUCGCCGUCCUCAUUACCAAUCUCGCCGUGUGUCACCCAAUUGCCAAAUCCUGGCAGCUAACGCCCGAUCCGGGCGGUCAGUGCCGACAAGGCUUCGUGCAGCUCAUCACCAUGGGGGCGGCCAGCGCCGUGCUCGACAUUAUCCUCAUCGUCUUUCCGGUGCCUCUUAUCCUUUCUACGCGCAUUCCCACUAAGCGCAAGGUGCUUCUCGUCAUGCUUUUUUGCUUUGGCUUCUUGACAGUCGGUAUUACGUUGUAUCGGGUGCCCCAAAUCAUCAAGCUCAAGGGCGACCAGAUAUUCCGCUCCAUGUGGGCGUCUGUUGAGAUUCUGGCCGCCACGGUUGUGGCCAACAUUGUGGCCUUGGGCUCGUUUCUUCGCGAUAGCGGCGCCAAAAAGACAAAGUUUCGUCCGGGAUAUCACAGCAGCGGCACCACGUCUCGGGGCGGCCACGGCGUCACCACGGGCGCGACCUGGGAGGACGUGGAGCACGCAAAGUCGCAGCAGCAGCAGCAGCAGCAGCAGCAACAGCCGCGCAAGACUGAUAGCGACGAAUGGCUCAAUGAUUUGGACCCGCGUCCACGCAGAGAAUCCAUGCGCAGGAUGAAUCGAUAUUCGUCGCAUUCGUUGGGGAAUGUACGGGGACCCAGUCCCACGGCGAGCCAUGAUUCUCUGAUUAGACAGGAGAGAUCAUAUCACCGAGGCCAUGCAGGAGGGAUGGAUAUGUCAGCUCCGAGACCACCGCCUGCAGCAGUCAUGGCCGGCUCUGGCGGCUUCUAA